CCAGCAGCAAAUCCGUGGAUACACUCCCGUGGAAACCAAGCGUGCAUAGUUCAACAUGACUACCGCCACUGCCACCUUCCUAGCACCCGCCGCGGUGGAGCGCAAAGCCGCCGCCUCGAAGAAGAAGAUUCCGCUGGCUGCCAAGCUCGUCGUCGGGGGAUUUGCUGGCAUCUUCGGCGUGUCGGUGACGUUUCCCAUCGACAUCGUCAAGACCAACUUGCAAAGCUCGUCCGCAUUCACAAGUCCUCUGCAUUGUUUCCGCACGUUGGUGGCCCAAGAUGGCUUCCGUGGCCUCUUCCGCGGCCUGCCUCCCACGUUGGUCGGUGUCAUCCCGGAAAAGGCGAUCAAAUUAGCUGUCAACGACUACUUGCGCGAGACGCUCGACACGGAGGGCACGGGCGUGUUGCCGCUGUACAAGCAAGUGCUGGCCGGGGGCGGAGCUGGGCUGUGCCAAGUGGUGGCUACGAAUCCGUUGGAAAUCGUGAAAAUUCGCCUGCAAACCCAAAACCACCUGCCCGCAGCCGAACGCCAGUCGGCCACGCAAGUAGUUCAGGAAUUGGGACUUCGUGGACUGUACAAAGGCACAACCGCGUGCUUGUUGCGCGACAUCCCCUACGCCGUCAUCUUCUUCCCCAUGUAUGCGACCAUUCGAGACCUCGGCACCGACAAGGACGGCCACGUGUCCAUGGCGUCUGUCGUCUUUGCAGGAUGCACGGCGGGUGCUACUGCCGCUGGCUUUGUCACGCCAGCUGAUGUGAUCAAGACCAAACGGCAAAUGCGCGGGGCCAGGUACAAAGGCACGAUCGACUGUUUUCAGCAAGUGGUUGCAAGUGGUGGAGUCGCUGCUCUUUUCAAAGGCGCGGGGCCUCGGAUGAUGGUUCAAGCACCCCUCUUUGGCAUUACUUUGUUGGCGUUUGAAGUGCAGAAAGCGUACAUGGAAUCGCAAUAACUCUAUUCCACCAAUACAGAACAAAAAAUCCAAGACACAAAUAAUCCGAUUAAGCGCUUGAUUUUUCCACUACCUAUGGUGCUACAGUUGUCGUGGGAGGUGACUCCCGUCGACGUCGUUCGAUGUCUGCCACGCGGUACCAUUCUGCAAACACGUGAAAGCCUGCCCACGGGGUCAUGUCCACUUCCCC